AUGUCUUCACCAGCUCCCCGUCGGUCGCGGCCAGCGUCAGUACAAGGAACGCCCCAAGCUACACGCCAGAAUAUACCCUCUUCAUCCCCACUCUUUUACCAGUCAUCUCCAGCGGCGCCAAUCGGAAACGCAAAUGGAAAUGCGAACAUGGACAUCAGCUCGCCUCUGAAGCAGGUCUCGGUUGCAGGCAGUACUCCUCGAGCGCCCCCAGGUGACUCAUCCCCAAUACGCUACGCAUCGUCAUCUAGUCCCACCCGAGCUGCCGCGAAUGGUGGCCGACAACCCGAUAUACCAACAAGCAGCAGCGGUCUCUUCGUUCGAUCUUCGAGAUCAUCUGCACCCGGUACCUCUGGUCUCAACAAUUCGAGACGAGGGGACAUCCAUUCCGACGUCUUUGGUUCAACCCCUAGCCGCCGCCGCCGAUUGUUCGUUGACGAGAAUGGCGUGCCCGUUCGAGAUGGGGCUCCUUCCGAUCCGGCAACCUUUUCCAAUCUUGACCCUAACACAUCAGAAGCCGAUGCCAUUGGAGGCUCAUCUACGAGAAUCAUUUGGGGGACGAAUAUCUCCAUCCAGGACACGAUGUCUACAUUCAAAGAAUUUCUUUUGGGCUACCAGAAAAAGUACCGCAUGUGGGCCGAUGGUGCUACAGAGGAAGAGACUUCCGAGCCUGGGAGCGGAGGCAAUGAGAAGGAAUAUGUUCAGAUGCUGAACAACAUGCGCCAAUUGGGAGUUACUGGGCUCAACCUUGACGUCCGAAAUCUCAAGGUGUUUCCGUCUACCGUCAAGCUAUGGCAUCAAUUGCAAGCAUAUCCGCAUGAAAUUGUCCCGCUCAUGGAUCAGGCAAUUAAGGACAUCAUUGUGGACCAAGCCCAGGAAGAGAUGAACAGGCUGCGAUCAGAGCAACAGCUACUGCGCGCACAAGCGAGACCUGAUAGCUCUAUGCCAGCAGUACCGAGCUCAGAGACCAAUGGACACGUUGAGCAGCAGUCAAUGAUUCCGGACUUGGUACAAGAAGCGGAGACAAAGGUGUAUAAAGUCAAACCUUUUGGACUCGAUAGCUCUGUGAAUAUGAGAGAGUUGAACCCAAAUGAUAUGGACAAGAUGGUCAGUAUCAAAGGUCUGGUCAUACGAACCACUCCAGUCAUACCAGACAUGAAGACAGCAUUCUUCCGAUGCCAGGUCUGCAAUCACGCGGUCAACGUUUCCCUUGACAGAGGAAAGAUUGCUGAACCGACAAGAUGCCCUCGACAGGCUUGCCAGUCUCAGAAUUCGAUGCAGAUUGUGCAUAAUCGUUGCGAGUUUGCGGAUAAGCAAGUGAUCAAGCUUCAAGAGACCCCGGACAGUGUACCAGAUGGCCAGACGCCCCACUCGGUAUCUCUAUGCGCAUACGAGGAGCUCGUCGACGUGUGCAAGGCUGGUGAUCGCAUCGAAGUCACUGGUAUCUUCAGAAGCAACCCGGUCCGCAUCAAUCCAAGACAGCGGACGAUCAAGGCCUUGUUCAAAACGUACAUUGAUGUUCUGCAUAUCCAGAAGGUCGACAAGAGGAGACUGGGCAUUGAUGUUUCGACGAUCGAACAGGAGCUCUCUGAACAAGUCGCGGGCGAUGUCGAACAAUCCAGAAAGAUCAGUGAAGAAGAAGAGCAAAAGAUUAAAGCUACUGCUGCCCGAGGUGAUGUCUAUGAGCUAUUGGCGCGAUCGUUAGCUCCAAGCGUUUAUGAGAUGGACGAUGUAAAGAAAGGUAUCCUGCUCCAAUUGUUCGGAGGUACAAACAAGUCUUUCGAAAAAGGAGGAAGCCCAAAGUACCGCGGGGAUAUCAACGUGCUGCUCUGCGGUGAUCCCUCGACAUCGAAAUCGCAAAUCUUGAAGUACGUUCACAGAAUCGCACCUCGAGGAGUUUACACCAGCGGCAAAGGAUCUUCAGCGGUCGGCCUCACGGCCUAUAUCAGCCGAGAUCCCGAGACACGACAAGUGGUCCUCGAGUCUGGUGCGCUGGUGUUGUCAGACGGCGGCGUUUGCUGUAUUGACGAAUUCGACAAAAUGUCAGAUUCGACUCGAUCUGUUCUGCACGAGGUGAUGGAGCAGCAGACGGUCUCCAUUGCCAAAGCUGGCAUAAUCACCACGUUGAAUGCUCGGACCAGCAUUCUCGCUUCCGCAAAUCCGAUUGGAAGUAAAUACAAUGUCAAUCUUCCGGUACCGCAAAACAUCGAUCUUCCACCAACACUGUUGUCUCGAUUUGAUUUGGUCUACCUCGUCCUCGAUCAAAUUGACGAGCAGAAUGACCGACGAUUGGCACGACAUCUUGUGGGUAUGUAUCUCGAGGACACACCCGAGAAUGGAAACGCUCAGGAAGUUCUCCCCAUUGAAUUCUUGACCUCCUACAUCUCCUAUGCACGUACAAAAUGCCAACCCAAAAUCACACAAGCUGCUUCCGAAGCUCUUGUCUCUGCAUACGUUCAGAUGCGUAAACUUGGAGAAGAUGUACGCGCCGCUGAGCGCCGCAUCACGGCCACGACUCGUCAAUUGGAAUCCAUGAUUCGUUUAGCAGAAGCUCAUGCCAAAAUGCGCUUGGCCGAGGAAGUCACUGCUAAUGAUGUGCAUGAAGCUGUGCGAUUGAUCAAAUCGGCGCUCAAGCAGGCUGCCACAGAUGCAAGAACAGGCUUGAUCGAUAUGGGCCUCCUUACCGAAGGUACCAGCGCAAGUGAGAGGCGACGCAAGUCGGAUCUGAAGAAGGCCAUCACGGACUUACUUGAUGAGAUGACAAGGUCAGGCGGAUCAGCCCGAUACAGUGAAGUGUACAGACGAGUCAGUGAGCAAGGUAGCGCGCAGGUCGAAGGGACUGAAUUUGCAGAGGCAUUGAGAAGUCUAGAGCAGGAAGGUCAGGUGGUAGUGGGAGGCGAAGGGCCACGAAAGAACAUCAGGCGGGUUACUGGCGUCGUUUGA